UGUUUAACAUAAUUGAUUGCACACAUUUUGCCUCUUUCGGUUUGUUUACCAAACUCAAGCUAUUAGAGUGCAUUUCUUUCAUUUCUUAAUCUCCUUUUGGUAUGAACGGUGUGCAAUGAAAAGCACGAGUGUUUUACUGAUUGUGUGCUAUUUUUUUCUACAUAAUGGAGCAGCAGAACUCACAAAAACAUUACAUGGGUGCUCUGAUCCUUCGCAAGGACUAGAACGCACAGUAAUUAUUGACAGAGAUGAACUCUUCCACUCGCCUCCGGUUGUUAAAAGAUCAACGGAUAGCAACACCAUAGUUUCGAAGAUUAAUCACCUCAAUGACACUCAUGAGCAGCUAAUAGUCCACUGGGUAGGGAAUGGAAGUAACGCCAUCAUUUGUUUAGCACGUAACCCCAAUCCUACCCAGGAUUCAGAACCCUCAGCUGUGUACAUUUCAUACGAUAAUGGCGAUACAUACGAAGAUAAAACAUCCCUUUUCAAAGUAUCAAACGAAUCAGAUCAGAUUUAUGCUACUUUGGAGAAGUUCUACAUACACCCGACUUACGACACACACCUGGUGUUUACAGAUAUUAAAAACAAUUUACUCUUCGUUACGACAAACCACGGCCAAGACAUUAAAAAAAUCACGUUGGAUUUUAGUCCUAUCCAAGUUUCGUUCCACGAACUUGAACCAUCAGUGUUCAUUGUUUUAGAUCAACUACACCGAUUGUGGGUGACCGAAGAUUUUGGAAAUACUUUCAGACAAAUGCAGGACUCGGUCAGGAGUUUUCACUGGGUGAAGGAAAACGAUUCCCUUCAUAGUCUGGUCGUGCAAAGGAUGGAAACUGAUGGUUAUAACACCAUCUUGUAUUCGAACGAUUUAUUUUUAAAUGGAUCCGGCAUAGUUCGGGCUACAAAUAUCUCAGAUUUUUGUGUUAGAGACGACUACCUUUUCACCACGAAAGUGUCUCCUACAGGGGUUCUAGAACUAUAUCUCUCUCACAAGCUGGGGAAGGAAAAAAGGGGUCUGUUUCACACUAAAGUGGAUAUUAGGAGUUACUUUAUUGUAGACGUCACGAGUAACAGAGCGCUUGUAGUGGUUAGCGAUUCGAAUACCGUUUCACAUUUACAUGUUUCCGAUUAUUUAGACAAUGAAGAUGAUGUGGUCAUGUUUAUGUUUUCGCUGGUGGAUGUGUUGUCCUAUUUGCCGAACAGCACAUUGAACUACACUUGGAUACAUCGCGUUCCUGAAAACGCUUUUGUCGACGUCUACAAAGUCGAAGGUCUCUCCGGAAUUUACAUAGCCUCUCAAGUCGUACCCAACACUGAAUUAUACAACAACAACGUCAGUCUCUGGAAUUUGCGUUCGUACAUUACUUUCGACCAUGGUCAUACAUGGCGUUUGAUCCAGGCUCCAGAACGAGACGUCGACGGUCACCCGAUUCCAUGCUCAGUGAACACCAACUGUUCAUUACACUUAAACCUGGAGUUCAACCAACGGCACUCUGGCAAUAGAUCUACCAAUAUCUUAUCGAGUAAGUCCAUUCCGGGUAUAAUUAUAGCAACCGGUGUUGUGGGGAAGUCCCUGGAUGGACACCGUGGAGUCUACGUUAGUAACGAUGCCGGAUUGACAUGGAGACAAGUACUCAACGAUUCGUACUUGUUCAAUAUGGGGGACCAUGGUGGUAUUUUGACAGCUAUCGAGUUUUCUAAGUUGAACGGGGAGACGAGAUACAUUUUGUAUUCAACCGAUGAAGGGGAAAAGUGGCAGCAGGCAAAGUUUCAUAGCGAAAAUAUCAGGUUGUACGGGUUGACGACCGAACCGGGGGAGAAUACGACAAUGUUUAUUGUGUUUGGGUCCCUACCGGAGGACCAACAAUGGACAAUUUUUAAACUGGAACUAAGGAACGCGUUCAAGUAUAAUUGCUCGAAGGACGACUAUACCACCUGGCCAUCUAGCAAUCAAAACAACAUCUCAUGUGUUUUGGGACAACAGUUAACCUACCAACGUCGAAAGCGCCAUGCUAAUUGUUACGGUGGCGAAAAUUUUGACACUUCCAUUUCGAUAGUGCCUUGCAGUUGCGAUUUUCGUGACUACUUAUGUGAUUUUGGUUUUGUCCGUUCCGACGAGGGACACUGUGUCAGGAAUGCAUCCAUCGUAGACAACCCAUACAACGUACCUAUAACUUGUAAGCUUGGCGAAUUUUACAAUCGUUCCAGAGGUUAUAGGAAAAUUCCGGGCGAUGUGUGUAUCGAUGGUGUCGAAAACCGCUACCUACCAGAAGAGGUCCCCUGUCCGACCCGUGACCUGCAGGGUUUCUUGCUUGUUAGUGAAAAAAACAAUAUUAGUAAAUACGAUUUAAUUACGAAAAAGCUGGAGCCGUUGCCUCUGAAGAAACUGGAGAAUGUGGUAACCUUCGAUUUUGAUAUGAAAAGUAAUUGUGUUUAUUGGGCCGAUAUUGCUUUUAAAACGAUCGAGCGACAGUGUAUGGAUAACGGACAGUCGGAAAUUUUGGUUAAUACCGAUUUGGACUUAAUCGAAGGAAUGGCGCUAGACUGGAUGUCGAACAACUUGUAUUUCGUGGAUGGAAAAAGGUCGAAAAUCGAGCUGAUCAGGACGGAUAUUAGUCACAGUGGAAGAAUGAGACGUACGGUUGUAGGACCCACCCAUUUAAAGAAACCAAGAGGUAUCGCUCUUCAUCCCAAAGCUGGAUACAUGUUCUGGACGGACUGGUCCGUCGAAAAUCCUUCAGUUAAUCGUGCUGAUUUGGAUGGCACAAACAUAAAGAAACUCUUUGGGGAAGCACAUGUUAGGUGGCCUAAUGGUAUCACUGUUGACUAUGCCGCGGACAAAAUAUACUGGGUAGACGCCGGCAAGGACUAUAUAGCUACUAGUAACAUCAACGGUGACCACUUCAAACAUUUAAUCUUUGAAGGUAACGAUGUCGGUCAUCCAUUCGGGAUAGCUGUUUUCAAAAACAAAAUGUACUGGACCGAAUGGCGAAACAAUGCUAUCUUUAGCGCAGAUAAAGAUGGUCAAGGUGGUCACGAGAUCCUCGCGAGGUUACGUCUUGAGUUAGAUCUAAAAGUGUACGCUGAUGGUAUUCGCACUGGUACCAAUUCUUGCACGAACACAUCUUGCUCGCAUAUUUGCGUCGGGAAACCAGACCAAGGAAAAGCGUGUCUUUGCCCAGACGGGAUGGAACUCAAAAAUGAAACGUGUGUUCCCGAUACAACGAAACCCUUCGUUGAUUUAGUGAACCCUCCUAUCCAGAACAGUUGCAGGGGUGAUUUAUUCCGGUGCACCGACGGCCAUUGUAUACCAAACAGAUGGAAAUGUGACGGCGAAAAGGAUUGUGCUGAUGGCUCUGAUGAGAGUCAUUGUGUUGGAAAAACCUGCAGCUCUAAUUAUUUUACCUGUGCUAAUGGAUUUUGUAUACCCAUGCGGUGGCGUUGUGACCGUGAAAACGACUGUUUGGAUCGAUCAGAUGAAAUAAAUUGCUCGAAGAAGUGUACAGAGACGCAGUUCAGCUGUGAUAAUGGGACGUGUCUUCCGGCGAUAUGGAAGUGUGAUGGGUCAUACGACUGCGUCGAUAAGUCGGACGAGCAGGAUUGCGUACCUUGUAAAAACGAUGAGUUUGACUGCAAAUUGGGAUCUGUUAGAUGUAUUCCGCAGGCAAAGAAGUGCAAUGGUAAGAAAGAUUGUUUAACUGGGUUAGACGAAGUGGGGUGUGAAAAUAUGCCGUGUUCGGAGAAAGAAUUUCCGUGUUAUGGACGCGGACAUUACAUAGGGUGUAUUAACUAUGUGCAGGUGUGUGACGGUAUUAAGAACUGCAUUGAUGGUAGAGAUGAGGAGAACUGCACGACUACCGCGUCCUCACCACCCAAGAACAAAAUUUGCCCAUACCGCGGGAUGUUCGAAUGCGCCAACCAAAAUUGCGUCACGUCUAGGUCGAAGUGUAACGGUAUAGACGACUGCGGCGAUGGUAGCGAUGAAGUGGGCUGUCAUAACAUCACAACCACAACAAAUACCACCAAAACAUCUACCACGGCCAUUUCCAUGAAUCCUGAAACAACAAGCAACAAACGACAGAAUUGCACUGAGCAGGAGUUUGCUUGUCGUAAUGGCUUAUGCAUUCGGGCGACAUUUAAGUGUGAUGGAGACGAUGAUUGCUUGGAUAAGUCAGAUGAGCUGAAUUGUGCUACUUGUUUAUAUGGAGAGUAUGCAUGUGGUGGACUUCAAAAUAAAUGUAUUCCCCAUAGUUGGGUGUGCGAUGAUGAUAUAGACUGCCCAGACGGUAGAGAUGAGAUGAACUGCAAGACAACCACACCCAAACCACCCAAGAACAAAACUUGCGAACACGCCUGGAUGUUCCAAUGCGCCAACCAACAAUGUAUCCCUUCCUGGUGGAAGUGCGACGAUGCGGACGACUGCGGCGAUGGUAGCGAUGAAGUAAUGUGUCAUAACACUACAACCACAACAACCACAACCAUGAAACCCACUACGGUUAUUGAUCCUGACACCCCAUCUUGCAAGAAUACAGAAUUUCGCUGCAAAUCUAGUCCUAACAGCUGCAUACCCCAAAUGUGGCAUUGCGACGGCGAAAUGGAUUGUAAUGAUGGAUCUGAUGAACUGAAUUGCACCGACACAAAUGCUUGUCCGGAAGGACAGUAUGCGUGUGGUGGAUCUCAUUGUAUUCCGUUUAGGUGGCUGUGCGAUGGUCAACCAGACUGCGCUGAUGGUAAAGAUGAGAAGAACUGCAGAACGACUACGCCCGAACGUGGUAAUGUUACUGUUCCGAUCAUUCAGAGCCUAAUGCCAGUACAAACGACUUCACCAUCAUCAACUCAGAUUUACGAGCCAGUGAAUGUUACAAGUUUAGAAUAGACACUCGAGGGCCUUUGGAUUUAGCCAUUUAUCAAGUGAUAUAUCAGGAAGCAGAAACGAUGCCUUCACUCUUUGAUGUUAUUACACUAUAUGUCCAUUUGUACAAGAAUACAUUUUGUAUGUACUUUUCACUUUUAAUAAAAAAGUAUAAAUAAUA